AUGGCCCAUGAUGGAGCAGUCAUGUGCUUCCAUCCUAACCACGCUAUGUCAUGUCAGCACUAUGUUCAAGAAAUGGAGAAGAUACCACAGCUUUCUCCUGCCAAGAAUGUGGUACCUGCUUCUUUUAACCCUAAUCACAGUGACUCACCCAGUGUUGGCAGGAUUCAUUUACUCCGCAAGGGACUGACUCCAGAACCCUUGCGAUCCCAGCUGGGCAUAUAUAAUAGCACUGGCUCCCUAACCCAGAAGAUAACAAAGAUGAGUAAUCUUGGAAGUGCCAGCUGCCCUAUCUCAGGAAGAGUGACAGCUCCAUGUACUCCAUUAAGAAACAGGUAUCCAAACUCCCCAUGUCCCUCAGGCAACCAAGUUCCCCUGGCAGUCCCAGUCACCGGUGGUCAAAGUUCUGUAGUGACCUUUCGCUUUAUUGAGAAGGCUAAUGUGAAAACUUUAAAUGGCUUCCCACUGAUAGAGUCCAGGAAAGAAAAUGGUUUGAGCAGAAGUUUGGAAUCUGAAGAGGCCUUCCACUUUGAGUCCAACAAGCAAAGAAGCUAUAACAUGAAUGUUCAGACACAAUAUUCCUUACAGCACAAAGUCACAGCAUCCCUGAAUCCUGUUGUUUUGGAUAACAGAGCAAGCUUCAAAGUCCAGACAGAUAAAUCCUCUUUGACCAUUACAGAUGAACAAGAGCCAGUGGUUCUCAGCAGUAGGCAGGAGCAUCUUGGCUUUAAGCCGAAGCCAGAGAUAUCUGCUUCAGAUCCUCUUCUUGCUGGAAACAGGUUCCUUUUAAAUGCACAGCCAUCUUUGUGUUGGAGUAAUGGAAGCCAACUUUCUCUUGGUGCCAGCUGCCCUUCCAAUUCCCUCACCAGUGGGAUGAGCAGCCUGUCUAAUGAUCUCUUGUGGCAUCGAAGGCACCCACAGAGCAGGGAGUCACAGUACCAGGGAAACUUGUGGGCAUAUUCACAAGAAAGCUCUGUCCAUGCCCAGCGUGUUGCCAAGGCCAAGUGGGAAUUUUUCUAUGGCUCAAUGGAACCUUCCAAGACAGGGAUGCCAUCUCAGAAUGCACUUGAUCCUUCACCUCAGCUCCUUGGGAAAUCCACCCUCUCAGUGCAACAAAAACCAGAUCAGAUGAGGCCAGAACACAGUCUGUGUCAUGUAGAGGUAGAAAUUGAGAUGACUCCAUCAGGUAGUACAAAACUUGGAAACUAUGAAACUGGAAUAAUCCGCAGAACAGUGAAGUAUUCAGAGACUGAUCUGGACUCUGUCCCCUUGAGAUGCUACCAUGAAACAAAUAUUGAUGAUAUUUUGGCUGAGAAAGAAGAAGUGGAUUCAGCCAUUGAGAGCCAAAAGGACAGUGAGAGCAAUCUUAGUUCCAUGGGAGUCCCAAGGAAAGGAAACAUCAUUCCAAAUGAACUCUGUAUUCACCAUGCCAUGGAAGAGGAUGGCAAAUAUUUAGACAACAAGAAUCAGGGCAAUAAAGAUGAUGAAAUAUUUGAAGCCACGGUACAUCACCAGGAGAGGAUCAUCAACAGAAAUUCUCAGUUACUCAAGUCUCCUGUGCCCUUCCUCUUUGGGCAGAGCCUAUCCAAGGACGGUAUGGAUUCAUUCAGCAGGCAUUUUGAGAGCAUAAUGGAGUCACAUCGAGCCAAAGGAACCUCUUAUACCAGCCUAGAUUCCAUUGAUAUCCUGUCCUCCCCAACUCAUACGCAAAGUGGAACUGUCUUCACCUUUGAUCUUCCUACUUUUACCCCAGAAAUUCAGGAGGAAAUUCAAGACAGUGCUAAACUCACUGAGCAGAAUUUUGCCCCUCUAGCUCUUCUGGAGCCAGAUUCUGGAACCAGUUCUGCCACAGAUGUUCCUUGGGCUGAACAGGAAGAGGAAGCAAGACAAAAAUGGAAAAGUAGCUUGCAGAGUCCCUGCCAUUCAGAGGACAGUUUAGGAAUUCCUCUGACCUCCAUCAUAAGCAAGCAUCAUCUCAGUCAGCUGGUCUCUGACUCGGAUUCUGAAGUGGACAGCACAGAGCAACUAGCCCUGGGUAGUACUGACACUCUUUCUAGUGGGCAUAAUGCUGAUCUAGAGGCUGCUAAGCGCCUGGCAAAAAGGCUGUACAACUUGGAUGGUUUCAAAAAAGCAGAUGUAGCUCGUCACCUGGGAAAGAAGUAUAGUAAUGAUUUCAGUAAGAUGGUGGCAGGGGAGUACCUCAAGUUCUUUGAAUUCACUGGAAUGAGCCUGGAUCAAGCUCUUAGGUCUUUUCUGAAGGAGCUGGCCCUCAUGGGAGAAACUCAAGAGCGGGAGCGGGUCCUAGCUCAUUUUUCACAACGUUAUUAUGAGUGCAAUCCCAAAGCCAUCUCUUCUGAGGAUGGAGCCCACACUCUGGCUUGUGCCUUGAUGCUCUUAAAUACAGACCUUCAUGGACACAACAUUGGGAAGCGAAUGUCUUGCUCAGAUUUCAUUGGGAACCUGGAAGGACUCAAUCAAGGUAGUGAUUUCCCUCGAGAACUACUCAAGGCUGUAUAUAGUUCUAUCAAGAAUGAAAAGCUACAAUGGGCCAUAGAUGAAGAAGAGCUGCGAAAGUCCCUUUCAGAACUGGCAGACCCCAACUCAAAGUCCAUCAAACGCAUCAGCAGCUGCAGCAACCCUUUCUUGGACUUCUCACAGGAUCCCAGCAUUGCUAUGUACAAGCACGGUCUUCUGGUGCGCAAGAGCCAUGCUGAGCCAGAUUGCAAAAAGAGUACGUGUGACAGUAGUAGCAUGUGUGUGAGUGGAGGGAGAGGAGCAGGAGGGCAUUGGGGGUGCUCACUCUUUCUUGGAGGUUCCAAAAAGGAUAAUUCCUCUUUGCCAGGCUGA